AUGGUACAUCAAUGGUACCAAAUGUCAUCUCUUCUUGCCAAUGGAAUUUCCCAAUUUCUUCCACAACCCAUAUCACAAGUUGUCAAAGGGUCUCCUGUUCAUGUAAAACUUAACCCCAAUUCUACCAAAUCAAGACCUUCAGCUUUCAAGGUUAGGGCAAACAGUUAUGAUGAUGAUCACCAAGUUGACAACUUCUUGAGAAGGGAUUAUAAGUGGGGAUUUAAUCAAGAAAUUGACUCAUUUUCGUUACCCAAAGGCUUAUCCGAGGAAACUGUUAGGUUAAUAUCUGCAAGAAAAAAUGAGCCUCAUUGGAUGCUUGACUUUAGACUUAAAGCAUAUCACAAGCUUUUGAAAAUGAAACACCCUAACUGGUCUGACAAUAGAUAUCCGGAAAUCAAUUUUCAGGAUCUCUGUUAUUACUCCGAGCCUAACAAGAAACCAACUUUGGAUAGUCUUGAUCAGCCUGCACCUGAGUUACUCGCCUACUUUGAUAGACUUGGUAUUCCUCUCUUAGAAAGCAAAAGGGAUAAUGUAGCAAUAGAUGUUGUUUGUGAUAGUGUUUCGAUUGCAACGACUCAUAAGAAGAGUUUGGAGGAAAAUUCUGGCGUGAUAUUCUGUGCUAUAUCUGAAGCUGUAAGGGAGUAUCCAGAUUUGGUUAAGAAGUAUUUAGGAAAGAUUGUUCCUUCUGAUGAUAACUUUUAUGCAGCCUUGAAUUCUGCUGUGCAUGGGGAUGGGACGUUUGUGUAUAUUCCCAAAAAUGUCAAGUGUCCAAUGCAAAUAUCAACAUAUUUUAGGAUUAAUGCAAAAGAGAUUGGUCAAUUUGAGAGGACAUUGAUUGUCGCAGAAGAGGGUAGUUUUGUGGAGUACUUGGAAGGGUGCACUGCACCCGCUUACGAUACUAAUCAGUUACACGCAGCAGUAGUUGAAUUAUAUUGUCAUGAAGGAGCAGAGAUUAAAUAUCUGACAACGCAGGAUUGGUAUGCGGGUGACGAGCAUGGGAGAGGUGGGAUAUAUAACUUUGUCACCAAGAGGGGACUCUGUGCUGGGGCUAGAUCAAAGAUAUCUUGGACACAAGUGGAAAUAGGAUCAGCAAUUACAUGGAAGUAUCCAAGUGUUGUUCUAGAGGGUGAUGAAUCAGUAGGGGAGUUUUAUUCGGUAGCACUGACUAAUAACUAUCAGCAGGCAGAUACAGGGACAAAGAUGUUACAUAAGGGAAAGAAUACUAGGAGUAGAAUCAUAUCUAAAGGUAUUUCUGCUGCACAUUCCAGAAAUUGUUAUAGAGGACUUGUGCAGGUAAUGUCAGUUGCAGACGGAGCUAAAAGCUCCUCACAGUGCGAUUCUAUGCUCAUAGGAGAUACUGCAUCUGCAAAUACCUACCCAUACAUUCAGUCUAAGAAUCCUUCUGCUCGGAUUGAACAUGAAGCUACAACAUCGAAAAUUGGUGAAGAUCAAUUGUUUUACUUUCAACAGAGAGGAAUCGACUAUGAGACUGCCAUGUCAACUAUGAUAGUUGGAUUCUGUAGAGAUGUAAUCGAUGAUCUUCCAUAUGAAUUUGCUUCUGAAACAAAACAGUUGUUGAGCUUGAAACUAAAAGGAUCUGUUGGUUAG